GGAUCCCGAAGUGCUUUGGACUCAAUUUACUGAAGCGGUGAAAGAGGCUGUUCAAGUUGCAGGAGUUCACAUGAGGCAAAUUGCUGGUCUUGGCAUCUCAACGCAGAGAUCAACUUUCAUUACAUGGCACAAGGGGACAGGGAAACCUUUUCAUAAUUUUAUAAGCUGGCAAGACUUGAGAUGCGCCGAACUUGUGAAUUCUUGGAAUAGAUCCUUUCUGCUGAAGGUAAUCCAUGUUAUUUUUACAGUGCUUCAUUUCUUGACUAAGAAUGAUCGAUACUUGGCUCCAAGUUCUUUUACUUUUUCAACAAAACAAGCUUCAUUGAAGUUGUCAUGGGUUUUCAAAAACCUGCAUGAGGCUAAAGAAGCUGCCAAAGAAAAUAACUGCUGCUUUGGAACGAUUGACACAUGGUUGCUAUAUAGGCUGACGAAAGGUUCUGUGUAUGCUACAGAUUACUCAAAUGCCAGUUCCACAGGGAUUUUCGAACCUUUUAUGAAAUGUUGGAACCCCACUUUGUCUAGUUUACUCUCCAUACCAAUGUCUGUUUAUCCUCCAGUGAAGGACACAAGCUUCAACUUUGGGUCAUCUGACUCUGAAAUAUUUGGGGUACCUAUUCCAAUACUGGCCUUGGUAGCUGAUCAGCAGGCAGCCAUGUUUGGAGAAUGCUGCUUUCACCCUGGAGAUAUUAAACUGACUAUGGGAACAGGUGCUUUCUGGAAUGUCAAUACUGGGGAAAAUCUCUUUUCAUCAUGGAGAGACCUCUAUCCACUGAUUGGCUGGAAGAUUGGGGAUGAAGUUGUUUAUUUAACUGAAGGCUCUUUAUCAAAUGUUGGCACUGCCAUAAAAUGGGCACAGGAAAUAAAUCUUUUCACCAAUGUGGAUGAAACAGCAAAAAUGGCACAGAGUGUUACUGAUUCUGAAGGCGUUUGUUUUCUUCCAAGUUGUCAGGUUUCUGUGAAUGACCCAUAUUCAUGUGCCUCUUUCAUGGGGCUGAAACCUUCUACUACCAGAAACCAUCUUGUGCGUGCUAUAUUGGAAUCUGUAGCUUUCAGAAACAAACAACUCUAUGAUCUCAUUGUGAAAAGGAUAGACAUUCCUCUUCGAACUAUUCGGUAAGUUCCAUUUAACUU